UCUAACCAAUCUAGAUGAUCAGCACAGCGGCAACGGAUCUCGCAUCUCAAAACUAACCUAAACCUCAUCAUUUCGCAUUUAAACUCCCGCUCCAAAAUGACCUCCGUCAAGGACACCGCUUCGUUCUUCGUCAACGGCAGCUCCAACCAGUUCGAUUUCGUGCUUGCGAUGUAUCCACAGGUCCUCAAGCUGUACGCGGGAAACAAGUGCAAAAAACCGGAAGAGUUGAUCCGGCUAGACAACUGGUACCAGAACCAACUGCCCGCGCUGAUCAAGAAGCGCGGCAAGGACGCCCACAUGAUCCACGACGAGCUGGUCCAGUGCAUGAAGUGGAAGCAAACGAGGGGGAAGUUUUACCCGCAGUUGUCCUAUCUGAUCAAGGUCAAUACACCGCGGGCGGUGAUGGCCGAGACGAAGAAGGCGUUCAAGAAGCUGCCGAACUUGGAGUCAGCGAUUACGGCGCUGUCCAACUUGAAGGGCGUCGGGACGACAAUGGCUUCCGCACUGUUGGCGGCGGCCGCGCCGGAAACUGCGCCGUUUAUGGCCGAUGAGUGCCUGAUGGCGAUACCGGAGAUUGAGGGCAUUGACUACACGACCCGGGAGUACAUGAACUUUGUCCAGCACAUUCAGGCGACGACGGACCGGUUGAACGAGGAGGUGCACGGCCCGGUGAGUAGUUCCAAGAAGGGGGAUGAUGAUGACAGCAGCAGCAGCAGCAGCGGUAGCAACGGCGAUACGCCGAAGGUCGCGAAGAAGUGGUCCCCGCACAACGUCGAACUGGCCCUGUGGACGCACUACGUGGCGCGGGAGCUUCAACCGGACCUGCUCGAUAACAUGCCGGCGGCCGUCGCGGGUAGCAAAAAUAGCUACUCGAGGAAUCCCACGGCGAUAUCGGCUACCAACGGGUCGGGGAAUAACAACGUGACUCCCGCUGCCACGACAACCGCUGAGGAACCUCCGUCCGACGAGAGCAACCUGGAAACGGAACUGGGCAAGAGCGGUGGUAGUGGAGCUACCUCGGACGCGUCAGAUUCCAAGGACGCCGCUGUCGGCGUGGUCGUCAACAACAAGUACAUCGACAGCUUGGACGAGGGCGAAGACUCGCUGGAGAAGCCCAGCACGACCACGGCCACGACGACGAUCCGGAACAACAACAGCGACGAGGUGACCGCAGACAGUGGUGACUCGCAGAGCAGUGCGAAGCGGUCGACGCCGUUUGAGGAUGAAGACGACGAGGAAGAUGAGGAGGAGGAGGACGAGGAGGAUGAAAGCUCCGUAGAUGGCGCUCCGGACGCCAAGAAGGCCAAGCUGGACUAGUUGCGAGGGGGGUUCGGAAAUCAAAAUCAGUUAACAUAAUUAACGUCGAAGCUACCAGGAGAAGCGGUUGGUAGCGCACACUGAGAACAGACAGACACACACUGAGAAGAACGCAAUGUACAAAUUAUGUUAAACUGAUUGUAAGUGGAAAAUCACGUAACUCUUAAGAGGGGAAAAGAGAAGUGGACACGGGAGGGAGAAGAAACUUUAAUUGAGAUGAAUUGGAGGAGCGCGGCGGAGAAGACAGAUAUACAGCAAAAUCCAGGAAAUCCAGGAGAUCCACUCGUGGAGAAAUUUUAUUAGUAAAAGUGUACGUGGGAAAGCGAGCGAGAAAGGUAAGGGAAUGAACGAGAUAGUGAGAACCGUGAGUGAUUGCGACGUAGUGAGGAAGCUGUAGUAUCAUUAAGGCUAAAAUUUAUUUGACACUCUUCUAGCGAGAUAUCCAAGGCAUGUACUACCACCCUAUCUCGCUGUUAGGAAAUACAUCCAAACCAUUUGGAUCCGCUUCCACUUGAGAUGUUUUCUGCAUUUCUUCAUUUUCCCCCUGCUACCACUUUUGAAUUUUCCUCCUCUCCCCUUAUUCUCAUUUAGUGCUGAAUUGGCGUGAUUGGGUCAAGUGGAAAACUCUGCUUUUUAAUUAGGUUUCCCUUCCCCUAGGGUGCCGCUUCGUCUUCUCUAAUAAAUGACCUUUCAAUUUGGUUCAAUUUAUCCCGGGAAACGAACAGAUAAAGGCUGUCAACUCAAUUGAGCUCAUACUUUUCAUGACUUUGUCGUAGAAUUGGCAGCAACUAAAAUCAAUUUGCGACUAUUAUCAGCUGUGAGAUUGUUGCUACCAAUUUUCAACAAAGAAAACAUCUGAAAUUGAUAAUAUUAUUUUUCUUGGUAGCCAUCUCAAUUUGCUACCAAAAUCCAUCGAAGGAGGUAAUCUUGAUUGAUUUGCUACCAAAGACGAGAAGACGUUCUAUCCUAUUUACAAACAGUGAUUCUAACUGUUAGAAGCUGGCCAUUAUGAUUCGCUACCAAACGCCUUUAAAGAACCAUUUCCUGUGUUGCUACCAUUUUGAAUUUCAUGGUUCGCCUCUAUUGGUAACCAUAUUUUACAGAAUAUCCUUCUUGAUUAGAUAAAAAUUUCAUGACUUAGAUGUUCAAAUAUUCUUCAUUUCCAAUUUAAAUCAAAUUGCUACCAAUAUUAGUCCAAUGAAGCAAAUUUUCAUCUUAAAAGCCUUCACAACUUGCUGCUGAAAUCCGUCAAAGUGAUUACCUCGGUAUGUUAUCAAUUUGCUACCAAUUAUUACUAUUUUUUUCCUAUUUUGCGAUUGAAUAGUGAACAUAAAUUCAUCAAAACCAGUAAUCAUAAUUCGCUACCAAAACUAUUCCAAGUAAUCGUCAUUUUCUUGCGUUAUCUAACAUAAUUGGUAGCCACUUUGUACGGGAUGUAGAAGAGCUUCUUUUCUUUUGAAGUCUUGAAGUUUCUCUGGCUGCCAUCUGAAAUUUAAUUGCUACCAUUUUCAAAUUUAUGACCGUUUGGUGGCUCUAGUACUAAUAUUUAAUCGAGUAAAGAUUAUAACUGAUUCUAACUUUUCAUCAUGGUAGCCUUUGCAAUUUUCUAUUAAAUUCCACCAAAGAAAGCAAACUAUAUUUGCUACCAAAUUGCGCCACAGUAAUCAACACGAUUUGCUACCAACCAAUUCUAGUAGUCGUCUGGUUCUGCUACCGACAAGUGAAAAUGUAAAUUGGUACAAACUGAUCGUUACGAUUCACUAGGAAACAUCAUCCAAGUCCCGUUUUGUUGUCAGGAUUGAUUACCAUUUGCUACCAAUUUUCUCCUGUUUUUUUUACAAGUUUAAUACCAAGCAAUGACUUAGAUUUUUGCGAAUUUGUAUCUGGCUGACCAUUUGUUGAACGGCACGACUUUUAAGUGAAUUUGAACUAAUUUUAAUUCGAUUGAAAAGAUGCUAAUUUCCAUAUUUUUUUCUUUUUUUAUUUGCUCACUUUUUGCUAUCAACUAGCUUUCAGUGUCAGGCACGAUUUGCUACCAAGUUCAUCGGCCUUUUAAAUAAUUUUGAAUUCGUUUCCGAAUAGCAAUUUAAUUUACUUUGGUUACCAAAGUUCUAUUGGUCAUUCUUUUCUUUAGAUUUGCUACCAAUUUCAAUUCACAUAUCGUAACAAAUUGAUAUCAAAACAUGGUUGUAACAAAUUACUUGCAGUAGCAUGUCGAUUUUUUACUUAGUUUUUAUUGACUGGCAUGAUUUUCUACAAUUUUUCAACUAUUAUCACAAUUUGCUACCAAAUUUGAUCUCAUUGGUGUUCUCGCAUUGGUUGUUUCGAUUUACUUCCUAUUUUCAUAAUAGCUAAACUACAAUAACGAUUCAACAGAACUGGUCACUUCGAUUUGCAAUCAAUUUCAAUUUUUAUGACCGUCACAAUUUACUACCAAUUUUACCUCAAUUAAUCGCUACCAAUUUGAUCACUGUUGAAUCGGUCGUCACAGUUUGCUACCAAUCUUGAAAAAGUGUUAUUAAAUUGCUACCAACAUUAACUUCAAUGGCGAUCAUGAUGUUUUACCUUUUUAAAAGUGUUUAGUGAGAAAGAUUCAUUUCAAUAUAGCAUAAAUUUUGGUAUGCUACCCACUUGCUACCAAUUUUCAUCCAAGGUUUCGUCGGGGGCCUACAAUUUUUCAUAUUCGAGUUUUUGCUAUCAUUUUUUAAAUGCUCUUUCAGAAUUUCGCUACCAAAAAGAUGCUACAUCAGUUCGAUACCAAAACAAUUCAAUCUUGACAUAUUUUUUUCAUUUGCUUCCAAUUUGUUUGUCUCCAAUUCGUCUAGCUACCAACCUCCUGCUACCAAUUUUCAUCUAAAUUCCAAUUUUCAAUGGGUAUAGGUUCCUCCUGAUUUUCCUGUCAUGCUACUUAUGUUCAUCAUUAUUCGAUCAUGACGAUUUGCUUCCAAUUUUCGUCAAAAAAUAUCGCUACCAAGUUUCCAUAUGAAAAAAUAUCAUUGUUUUCCACUUUAAAUUCGAUUUUUACUUUAUUUUGUUUCCAAAUCACAACCAGGCCCAGCAAAGAUGGGGCACAUUCCAAUUCAUAAACAGAUUUGUGCUUUUGUGUUUGAUCAAAUCAAAACGUAAUCAUUGUAAAACUAAACUCACACAAACACACACCUCUAUACGCAUAUACACUCAGAGAAAAAUAAAAAGUCAAGUCAAAAAUAUAAAUGUUUUGGAUGAAAUUCAAAAUUACUAAGUGUCGGUUUUAAUUUCAGUUCCAUGAAAGUUUAGGCAAAGAAAAAGCAAAGGAAAUAGUUGUAGGCUUGCGAAUGUGAAAGAUUUUUUUCUUAUUUUGUUUCGUUUGUAGGAAUUUAGUGGUAAGCAGAAGAACUCUGAUAGAAAUUAUUUAUUACUAUUAUUAAAGUUAAACUUAUUAUUGCAAGCGCGAGCGCUGCUAAUUAUCACUCACAACCUAAUCAAGAAAAUUUAAACAAAAAAUAAGUAACUUCUACCAACUAACGAUACCGCCAAUCGUAUAUUAAAGUGGAAGUCAGAGUAGUAUUAGUUGACUGUUUUUAGUUUGCCGCGUAAGUUUAAAGUAAAACAGUAAGCAUUAUACGAAAUCAUGUUACAGAAAUCAAGCAAGAGAGAAAGAGAGAGAGAAUUUGAGAUCAAACCAGCAACACUGGUUACUGACACACUCAUACACCAUCCCAGAAAUCACAUUUACAAACAAAAAUGAAUCAAAUCGAAUCCCCUCCUUGGUAGCAAAGUAAAAUCCACUCAAAAUAAACUAAACCUGAGUAAGAGAGAGAGAGAGAGACCGUGAGAAAGAGAGAGAACGCAGAUUACAAGACAAACUUAUACACUCACACACGUUACGAAAUAUAUAGUAAAGAAAAACAAACAAAAA